AUGUCUCAACCAGACAACGCUUCUAACACAUCAACAGCUGAGGCUGAGACCAAAGACCUUCAAGCUAAAUAUGAAGAUCAACAACCAGAAGAAUUCAACGAAGCUAAUGCUUUAGAUAACAAACCAAUGUCUGCUUACACUGGUAUUAUUAUUAUGUGUAUUCUUAUUGCCUUUGGUGGUUUCGUUUUCGGUUUCGAUACUGGUACUAUUUCUGGUUUUAUUAACAUGUCUGAUUUCCAAAGUAGAUUUGGUGGUACUAAAUCUGAUGGUACCUUGUAUUUCUCCAACGUUAGAACUGGUUUGAUGAUUGGUUUGUUCAAUGCCGGUUGUGCUGUCGGUGCCUUGUUCUUAUCUAAGGUCGGUGAUAUGUACGGUAGAAGAAUUGGUAUCAUGUGUGCUAUGGUUGUUUAUAUCGUUGGUAUUAUCAUUCAAAUUGCUGCUCAACACGCUUGGUACCAAGUCAUGAUUGGUAGAAUUAUCACUGGUCUUGCCGUCGGUAUCUUAUCUGUCUUGUGUCCAUUGUUUAUUUCUGAAGUUUCUCCAAAGAAUUUGAGAGGUACUUUGGUUGUCUGUUUCCAAUUGAUGAUUACUUUGGGUAUCUUCUUGGGUUACUGUACUACUUACGGUACCAAAGUCUAUUCCGACUCUAGACAAUGGAGAGUUCCAUUGGGUUUGUGUUUCGCCUGGGCCUUGUUCUUAGUCGGUGGUAUGGUUGGUGUUCCAGAAUCCCCACGUUACUUGGUUGGUAAAGAUAAGAUUGAUGAUGCCAGAAUUGCUCUUGCUAAAUGUAACAAGAUUUCUCCAGAAGAUCCAGCUGUUUACCACGAAUUGCAAUUACUUCAAGCUGGUGUUGAAAGAGAAAGAUUAGCUGGUAGUGCUUCCUGGGGUACUUUGUUCAACGGUAAACCAAGAAUCUUUGAAAGAGUUAUGGUUGGUGUUAUGUUACAAGCUUUGCAACAAUUGACUGGUGAUAACUAUUUCUUCUACUAUUCUACUACUAUUUUCAAGUCUGUUGGUUUGAACGAUUCUUUCCAAACCUCCAUUAUUAUUGGUGUUAUUAACUUUGCUUCUACUUUCGUUGGUAUUUACGUUAUUGAAAAAUUCGGUAGAAGAAUGUGUUUGUUGGUUGGUUCUUGUGCCAUGUCUGUCUGUUUCUUGAUUUACGCUUUGAUUGGUUCUCAACAUCUUUACUACCAUGGUUCAAGUGGUCCAUCUAGAAAACCAAGUGGUGAUGGUAUGAUUUUCGUUACCUCCCUUUACAUUUUCUUCUUUGCCUCAACUUGGGCUGGUGGUGUUUAUUCUGUUGUUUCUGAAUUGUAUCCAUUGAAAAUUAAGAGUAAGGCUAUGGGUUUGGCUAACGCUUCCAAUUGGAUGUGGGGUUUCUUGAUUUCCUUCUUUACUUCCUUCAUUACUGAUGCUAUCCAUUUCUACUAUGGUUUUGUUUUCUUGGGUUGUUUGUUCUUCUCUAUCUUCUUUGUCUACUUUAUGGUCUACGAAACUAAAGGUCUUACCUUAGAAGAAGUUGAUGAAUUAUACUCCACUAGUGUUAAACCAUGGCAAUCUGCUGGUUGGGUUCCACCAACUGCUCACGAAAUGGCAACUUCUGCCGGUUACGCUUCUAAACCAGAAGAAGAACAAGUUUAA